AACAUUAUUUGUAAUGAAACGAGAAUUUUCAACAAAUACAUCGAAAUAGUUCUAUUCGGUACAGGAAUAUAGUAACACCAUGUAUAAAAUACAUCUGAUACUUUUGUUUUUCAUUUUUUCUAAUGAUUUACUGAGAGUCAUUGGUAAAGAAAAACAACGUUUACACCAAAAAAAACACUUUAAAAAUCGUCAAAAAAUUAAAGAAAAAUGUUGGUCGGAAAGGUGCUACAUAUCUUGUCCGAUAAUGGACCCCACGAUGCCAGAAACCCCAAUUUCGUCUGAUUAUAUAAUGCCCGAGCUCAACGACGACACUGACGAUUUUUAUGACGAGCAGUAUAGAAAUAUAAAACGUUCCAAAUUUGUAUUAACAAAUCGUCAAAAACACAAUUUACUUCGACAAGUUAGACUCGGUAAUGCAAACGGGAAAAAAGCGUAUAACUUCAGACAGAAUAUACCUUCUGGUUGUUACGUCGUGUGUUAUGAUUACUAUCAAAUACCACCAAACGGUGUUGCACAGGGAAAUGUACCAUCGACUACGGUUUUAAAUAAUACCCUUGUUACACCACCUAAUGCUGUAAAUAACGGACUUGAUGAUGAUGAAGACGAUGUAGAUGAACCUUAUCGACCUGGUGAAGAUCAACCUAUAGAAGCGACGUUUUCUCCACCUGAAAAAAGAUCGCGUAAAGGUAAAUUGAUUGGGAAGAAAGUCCAAAAACAUUGAAAUUACAAGCUACAGAUAUGAAUAAAAUUAUAUUUUUAAUUGGUUUUUUGUUUAUCUCUAAAAGAACGUACCUAAGCUGACAAUUGACAUAACUCAUAAUGAAUUAAUAGAACGUACUUAAAAUUAAAUUCAUCGAUGUGUAAUGGUAUAUAUAUUUGUAUUUAAAGAAAUUCAAUGAAAAGCGGUCAUGUAACAUCAAAAAUAUAUAAUAAUAAAGUUUUAUUUUAAAUAUUUGAUAAAAAACGCACCUAAGCUUACAGUUGACUAGCUUGUACAAAGAUAAACUAAAAGAGCGCACUUGAAUUUAUAUUUCACUGAAGCAUUUUCUCUUUUUCUUAUAUUAUAUAAACAAUGAAUAAAGUGUAGAAAAAAGAUAAAAA